AUGUCUAUGAUUUCGUAUUGUAUAAUACUACUUUUUAUUGUAAAUAUUUUAAAUUACGAACAUUUUAUUUUUGGUGGUGCAUUGGCAGUAACAAAUGUAAUAUACGUCGGUGAUGGAGGCCCAUCUUAUAAUCCUCCCUUAACGUUUGCUUUGCCUGGAAACAUAGUAGAAUGGAGAUGGAGUAAAUUUACAUUGGGAACGUACGAAGUAGUUCAGACUACUGCACGGAACAGCUGCAUCCCUCUUGGGGGAGGAUUUAAAUCUAGUUCAUUGGCAGCAGGUGGACAGGCAGAUAACCGAUUCAACAUAACAAUCUCUCAGAAAUCUGGAGAGAUAUAUUAUGCAUGUAAUCUGAACAAUCACUGCGCAAAUAAUAAUAUGCAAGGUGUAAUAAGAAUUCUUUCUUCUCCUAAUGCCGCCUCGUCUACGUCAACCAACAGUUCAUCUAGCGAUUCAUUUGGUAAUGGGUUGGCAUGGAGCAAACUGCGAACAUUAUUGUUAGUCUUAAUCCCAGUGUAUUUGCUUGUCGUUGCCUGUAUUUCUCUUGCAUGUUAUAGACAUCUGAAAAAGGAUAAUGGAACAAGAAAUGUGAGUGCUGAGAGUCUAGCUGGCGAAGUAAGGGAACGUAAUGCGAACGGACUUCGAUUUUAUGGAAGAGAAAUAAGAACGUCGAUGACAUGA